AUGGAUUAUGAACAUGUUUUUACCCCUAAAUUAGCAAAAAAGCCUCAGAAAACUCUGGCUGGGCACAUUGCUGAGAACCUUCUCAAAGCCAAAGAAAUGGCCCUCAAUGACUCUCGUGUACCUGAACAGCUCAGGAAUUACUUACAAAAAGCUCUUGAUGUUGCUCUUGGACUAGACCCUUACCUGGAUGCAAUGGCAGCUUCCAAGAGAAAAACUUCCCCUGAGCACAUCCCAGGGGAUGCUGAAGGAGUUGAAAGCAGAGUCAGGCCGCAGGAAACAUGUGCCUCUGACUCUCUGAAUGGCAAGUUGGUCAACCAAGAGGGCCAAAUUUUUAGGAUGUUUGUCCAUAUGAUGAGAGCCAGGAAGAUUUUAUUAAUUGGCAAGCUUAAAGGUUACAGUAUCCUUGCUAUUGCAGAGGAAUUGCCAGAUGAUGGCAAAAUCUUUGCCUGUGCAGAAGCGCCGUAUCUCGGAGUGAACAGCCAGGAAGCAUUUGAUUAUUCCUCAGAUGGCAAAAAGAUAAGCAUGCGAGUGGGACCAGUGGCAGACACCUUGGAGGCAUUACAUGCUGAGGACGAGCACUUUGAUAUAGUCUUUAUUGAUGCUGAUCAAAGGAAUGCUGUUCAGUACUACAGCUUUGUCAUGGAUAACCACUUGCUGAGCAUGGAUGCAGUGAUCUGUGUAGAGAAUACACUCAUGAAAGGACAAGUCUACCUGGAGAAUGUAUCAGAUGAAAAUGUACUAGCUGUCAGAAAAUUAAAUUCAGUGAUUAAUUCAGAUCCUCGUGUUGAGCAGGUGAUUUUGCCUGUGCAGAGUGGACUGAGCCUCAUUCGAAGGAGCCCUGUGCCUCCAGAUUCAGUGAUUGAAUCCAAGGCAGGAGUGGUGAAGGAUGAUGUCUUCUGGGGCUGCCAGCAGCGCCGCAUCCUGGAGCGGCUGCGUUUGGAUGGCAGGGUGGCCUAUGUCACAGGAGGAGGGCAGGGAAUUGGCAGGGCCUUUGCCCAUGCCCUGGGGGAAGCUGGGGCUAAAGUGGCUGUGGUGGAUCUGGUCCUUGCCAGGGCAGAAGCGGUGGCGUGUGAGCUCAGCCUCAAAGGCAUUAAAAGCCUUGCCCUGGCAGCAGAUGUAAGCAAGCCUGAGGAUGUGCAAAGGAUGGUGGAUGCAAUAGUGGCUCGCUGGGGCACAGUCCACAUUGCAUGCAACAAUGCAGGAAUUAAUCUGAACUCUGCAAGUGAAGAGACUUCCCUGGAGGAAUGGGAUAAAACUUUUAAUGUUAAUUUACGAGGAUUAUUUUUGUGCUGCCAAGCUGCAGGCCGCAUUAUGCUGAAUCAAGGAUAUGGGAAGAUAAUUAACACAGCAUCUAUGGCAAGUUUAAUAGUCCCACACCCACAGAAGCAGUUGGCGUACAACGCCUCCAAAGCCGGGGUCGUAAAAUUAACACAGACAUUGGGAACCGAGUGGAUUGACAGAGGAGUAAAAGUCAACUGCAUUUCCCCGGGCAUCGUUGACACGCCGCUGAUCCGCUCGCGGGAGCUGCGGCCGCUGGUGCGGCGCUGGCUGGCUGACAUUCCCGCUGGGAGGCUGGCCCAGCCCACCGACCUGCAGGCUGCCGUGGUCUACCUGGCCUCUGAAGCCUCAGACUACGUGACAGGCCAUAACCUGGUCAUCGAGGGUGGCCAGAGCCUGUGGUGA